ACUGUUAGCUCUGUUGGAAAGUACAGUAAUUUUCAUAUAAUUAAGACGAGAGGCAAACAAAGUCAGAGACAGACCUUAAAUGAAGCGAUUCUUCUUCUCAAUCAUUUAAGUCUUAAAACAGAUGUUUGGUUUUUAAUAAUUGAUUGAUCACUUGAUGAUAAUGCCUCAGCCGGUGGAGGAAAGCAUCAAAUUUAAGAUUCUUAAGUGGAUUUUAUUGGUGUCUAACAUUGUGUCCCUAUUUAUUGAUCUUCUUGUGAUUAUUGGCGGCAAAGUACUGGUCGGUUGGUUUGCAUCAGUGCCUAAAGAUGCCGAAGACCUACCAAUUCGUAUAUUCUGUUUGAUUGAAGCCAUCAUCUGUACCAUCGCUAUCGUUGGUCUUCUUCGACGAAAUUUUCUAGUAUUUUCAGUACACGCGGCGCUUCUCAUACUUUACUUCAUAGCAAGUGUGAUACUGACCCGUAUACUAGUCGUUUGGUUUCUUGUAUUUGCAAUCCUAUUGACAGCACUUACCCUUUGGUUUCUCUAUGAACUCUACAAACUAAAGCUCAGACUUGAAAAUCCAUACGGAGUUUAAACUCAAU